GACAAAUAUUUCUAUUAAAAGAUAACAAUUUUAAAAAGGAAAAUUACGAAUGCUCUCGUGAUCCAGUAACCACCGGAUAAGAUCUAGCGAUUAGAUAUCGCAAGGAUCCACUUCUUUGUUACUAAUCCAAGGAAAUGUUUUGAUUGUGUAAAUAAAAUCUCAGAUAGCCCCAGUCAGCAAGGAAUGAUUACGAUCUAAAUUACGAUAGCCUUGGGAAAAUAUAACACGAUUAUAAAUCAUGAUCAAUUAGAAUCCAAUCUUUGACAUGGCGUGCACCACAAAAUGCAGUCCAAAAUUAAAAAUUGAGGAAGAAAUUGCAAUAACAGAAGCUCACCUACCAGGUUCUAAUUUGGAAUCCAAAUUCGAUGAAUUAAAAUAUGAAAUAGUUCAUAAAAUCGACAAGGAAUUGAUUGAUUCAAAGAACGCGAGGAAUUAUAUAUCGCAAAAAUAUGAUGAGCUAUGCAGCAAGAUACAAUAUUUGACUGAAUUGGACGCCACCGUUACAGGUUUCAGGAGUGAUAUGAAAGCAAUCGAGAAACAGAUUUAUGACUUAUCCGCCAGAGUAGACGAUAUAGAAAAAAGAACCAUUUGUAAAGAAUGCCCAUCGCUAACAUCUUCAAUGUUUUAAUAAAAGUAAAUAAACGCCUCUGUUGUGUACAUAGUAUAAUAAAAUAAUCGUCGUCUGGUAACUGGUAGUUUAUCU